GUCUAAUCGCUAUGAAGUCUCUUGAUCCUGCAAUACCGACAGCUGCUCUGAUCGAUAUGUGGGUUGCUGUCAGGCGAUGAAAUCGGUUUCACUAACAAUCCCUCCAAGGGAAACCGCCGUCAUGCCUGAUAAUUCGACUUCCCCUUGGCUUGGCGGCGUACGUCUGGAUGCGUUUGAAGGAUCGUUUGGGGAACAAAUUGCAGAAGCAGCUCACACCAUUAGUGCAGACAUAUUGUCCCCAGCUGACAUGGCUUCGCGUGAAAUCGAUGAUUCUGGGUACGUUCCAUUCACGACGAAGUCCAUGGUGGACAGGGCCCACGCAUUCAACAUGCUCGUUGUGCCGUGGACUGUAAACCGUUUGGACGUGGCAGAAGAGGUGUUAGAUGCGGGCGUUGAUGGACUCAUCACCGACUAUCCGGGCACGAUGCGUCGAUUAGUUCAACAAAAAGGAUACCGAGUUGCACCCAAAUAUCCUAAGAAAAGGGUAUUGAAUUGCUUACAGAAGCACCUAACACUCCAGAGAUUGUAA